GCUGAGGGAAACACCGCUGUGGCAUCCGCCCGCACACCUGACGAGAGUAGUUGAGCAGCGUAGCCGCCGCCCGCCGGCCAGAUCCUUGGGGCCCAUACGACGGUGAUGGCGGCUCCUCCCGCGACGUCCCCCGCUGCCGCGGGUUCCCCCUGCGCCCGGCUGCCCAGCGCGCCCCUGAGGCGUUCGCCCGCCGCCGUCUCCUUCCCCUCCCGCCCAGGGCCGGCCGCGCUGGCCGCGCUUGCUGGACCGUCGCGGCGCCUCGACGUGGCCGCCGCCGCGGGGCACCAGAAGCUCAUGGGGUCGCUGACCAGCAACGAGGGGCUCAGGUUUGGCGUGGUUGUGGCACGGUUCAACGAGGUUGUGACAAACUUGUUACUGCAGGGGGCCCUGGAGACAUUCGAGCGAUACUCUGUCAAAGCUGAAAAUAUAACAGUUGUUAGUGUUCCUGGAAGCUUUGAAGUUCCCAUCACGGCACAAAAGCUUGGGAAGUCUGGAAAAUUUGAUGCCAUUCUUUGCAUUGGAGCUGUGAUUAGAGGGGACACGACUCACUAUGAUGCUGUUGCAAACUCAGCUGCAUCUGGUGUACUGAAUGCUGGAUUAUCUGCCGGCAUCCCUUGCGUAUUUGGUGUACUAACCUGUGAAGACAUGGACCAGGCGCUAAACCGUGCUGGCGGCAAGGCAGGAAACAAGGGCGCUGAAGCUGCUCUUACUGCUAUCGAGAUGGCCUCUCUGUUUCGGCAUCACUUAGGCUGACACCUGGUGGUCUUGGAGUCUCAACUUUUCAUCCCAUCCACCGUUACCAGAGUUUUAAGUUUUGGCCAGUAGAGCUUUUCGCUGCACACUAGCAGUUAAGCUAAAGCUCAGAAUGGCUAGUCCGGAUACUGACGCUUGCUGUCGUUGCCCUUGAUUCUUGAUGGUUUGUAAGGCUCAAGAGGCCUGUCGUUCAACUGUGAUCUGCCACCACAAACUUGAGAGUUGAGACCAUGAAUAAUUGCCGCCAUGUACUGCACACGCUCAUGAAUAAAGCUUCAUUUCCUUGUGUUUUUGAAUAA